AACUCUCAAUUGGUUAGUUCAAUCAUUUUUUGUUUCUCCAUGUUUUUAUUUUAUAUAUAAAGUCGGCACUGACCUAAGUGGGUGUAAGUGAGUCACUCUUCCUGCAGAACCCAGAUCUGUGGGCAAUAUGGGAAGCACUAGUUUGCUACAUUUGCUAUGCCUUGUUAUUGCUUUAGUGAGUGUGUCUGUUGUACAAGCAGAAGAUGCAUAUAAGUAUUACACAUGGACGGUGACUUAUGGGACUAUUUCUCCACUGGGUAGUCCCCAGCAGGUUAUUCUUAUCAAUGGUCAGUUUCCUGGCCCUAGACUUGACUUGGUAACUAAUGACAAUGUAAUUCUCAACCUCAUCAACAAGCUGGAUGAGCCUUUUCUACUCACUUGGAACGGUAUUAAACAAAGGAAGAAUUCAUGGCAAGAUGGAGUUUUGGGAACCAACUGCCCCAUUCCUCCAAACUCAAAUUACACUUACAAGUUUCAGGCCAAGGAUCAGAUUGGCACAUAUACAUACUUUCCAUCAACUCAACUGCAUAAAGCAUCAGGAGGGUUUGGAGGACUCAAUGUUUAUCAUAGAUCUGUCAUUCCAAUCCCUUACCCAAACCCUGAUGGAGAUUUUACUUUACUCAUUGGUGAUUGGUACAAGACCAGCCACAAGACACUAAGGCAAACUUUAGAUUCAGGAAAACCUCUUGCAUUUCCUGAUGGCCUCCUUAUUAAUGGCCAGCCUCAUUCUACCUUCACCGGUAACCAGGGGAAAACCUAUAUGUUUAGGAUCUCAAAUGUAGGCUUGUCAACCUCAAUUAACUUCAGAAUUCAAGGUCAUACCCUAAAAUUAGUUGAGGUUGAAGGAUCACACACUCUUCAGAACCUAUAUGAUUCACUUGAUGUGCAUGUUGGCCAAUCAGUUGCUGUGUUAGUAACCUUAAAUCAGCCUCCAAAGGACUACUACAUUGUUGCCUCAACAAGAUUUACCGAGACACCACUUACUACAACUGCAGUACUACACUAUUCAAACUCCUUUUCCUCUGCAUCAGGACCCGUGCCUGCUCCCCCAGUUGGUAAAUAUGACUAUGACUGGUCUAUGAAGCAAGCUAGAACCUAUAGAUGGAAUCUGACAGCAAAUGCUGCUAGGCCUAACCCACAAGGGUCAUUCCAUUAUGGGAAGAUUACUCCUACAAAAGUAAUUAAAUUGGCCAAUUCAGCACCUUUGAUUAAUGGAAAGCUCCGUUAUGCUGUUAACAGUGUUUCCUAUCUUAAUCCCGAUACCCCUCUCAAGCUUGCUGAUUACUUCAACAUUCCCGGAAUCUUCAGUGUGAAUUUACUUCAAAACUCUCCCACUAAUGGUCCUGGAUACAUAGGCACCUCAGUGUUGCAAACUUCUCUCCAUGAUUUUAUUGAGGUUAUUUUCCAGAACAACGAAAACACCAUGCAAUCUUGGCAUCUUGAUGGCUACGAUUUUUGGGUCAUCGGUCAUGGUUUUGGCCAGUGGACAGAUGCCAGUAGAAAAACCUAUAAUCUAGUGGAUGCCCUGACAAGACACACUGCACAGGUUUAUCCAAAAUCCUGGACUGCUAUAUAUGUAUCUUUGGAUAACCAAGGCAUGUGGAACUUAAGGUCUGCAAUAUGGGAAAGGCAAUAUCUGGGGCAACAGUUUUACCUUAGGGUGUGGAAUGCACAGCACAGCCUUGCUAAUGAAUAUGACAUUCCCAAUAAUGUUCUGCUUUGUGGCAAAGCUGUUGGACAUCACCCUUAGUAUAUAAUCAACUAUCAACCUCCUAUUUAUUGGUGUAUUUUAUAGUCAUGAGGGUUUGACUACAACUAUAAUUUUUUUCCUUUUUCUUUAUAUAGAGGGAGAAGUCAAUUUCUCCAAAUUUCGGAUAGUUUUGCGUACAUUUAAGAAAUGUUGUAUUCAUUUUUCAUUGCUGGUUUAUGUGUUAACAAUUGAUGUCAUAAUUAUUUAGUUAUAAGUUGUGAAGAAAUCAGGUUAGGUUUAAUUCAUUUAAA